GCUGGCUCAGGAUGAGGACGCGCUGGGCGACCCCUCGCUGCGCUGCGGGGCUCCUCGCGCUGCUCCUCCCGUGCCUGGGGCUGGCGGAGCCCAUUGGCCGCGCAGGUAAUGAGCCAUUCACCAUUGUCAACGAAAACACAGGCAAGUGCAUCAAGGUACUGGAUGACUGGAUAGUAGCAAAAGAUUGUAAUGAAACCGAGGACAUGUUAUGGAAGUGGGUGUCGCAGCAUCGGCUCUUCCAUUUGGAGUCCCAGAAGUGCCUUGGCCUAGAUAUCACCAAACCCACGAACUCUUUGAAAAUGUUCAGCUGUGAUUCCCAGGCCAUGCUGUGGUGGAAAUGUGAGCACCGUCAUCUGUACGGUGCUGCCCAGUACAGGUUGGCUGUGAAGGAUGGAUAUGCCAUAGCGAGCACAAACGUGUCCGAUGUCUGGAAGAAGGGAGGCUCGGAGGAAGGCCUGUGUGACCAGCCUUACCAUGAGAUAUAUACCAGAGAUGGGAACUCCUUUGGGAGACCUUGUGAAUUUCCAUUCCUGGUUGAUGGGAAAUGGCAUCAUGAAUGCAUCGUUAGUAAAAAUCAUAGUGGGCCAUGGUGUGCCACCACCUUAAAUUAUGAAUAUGAUCAAAAGUGGGGUAUCUGCUUAAAACCAGAAAAUGGCUGUGAAAAUAAUUGGGAAAAGAAUGAGAAGCUUGGAAGUUGCUAUCAAUUUAAUAUUCAGGAAACUCUUUCUUGGAAAGAGGCUUACAUCUCAUGCCACAAUCAAGGAGCUGACUUACUGAGCAUCAACAAUGCUGCCGAAUUAACUUAUCUCAAAGAAAAAGAAGACAUUGCUAGAGUUUUCUGGAUUGGUUUAAAUCAGCUGUACUCUUCUAGAGGCUGGGAAUGGUCAGACCACAAGCCAUUAAACUUCCUCAACUGGGACCCAGACAAGCCCAGUGCACCUACAUUAGGUGGGUCAAGCUGUGUGAAAAUGGAUGCUGAGUCCGGUCUAUGGCAGAGUUAUUCCUGUGAGGUUCUACUACCCUACGUCUGCAAGAAACCAUUGAAUAACACCACGGAGUUAACAGAUGUUUGGACAUAUUCAGAUACCCGCUGUGAUGCAGACUGGCUGCCAAAUAAUGGAUUUUGCUAUCUGCUGGUGAAUGACAGUGACUCCUGGGACAAUGCGCAUACGGAAUGCAAAGCCUCCAGUAGUGACCUCCUGAGCAUUCAUUCUUUAGCAGAUGUGGAGGUGGUUGUCACAAAGCUCCAUCAUGGAGAUGCCAAAGAAGAAAUAUGGACAGGCCUGAAGAACAUAAACAUGCCAACUUUGUUUCAGUGGUCAGAUGGCAGUGACGUGACUCUAACAUAUUGGGAUGAGAAUGAGCCAAAUGUUCCCUACAAUAAGACUCCCAAUUGUGUUUCCUAUUUAGGAAAGCUAGGUCAGUGGAAAGUCCAAUCUUGUGAAAAGAAACUUAAAUAUGUAUGCAAGAAAAAAGGAGAAAUAAUAAGUGAUCCCAAGUCUGACAAGCUAUGUCCUCCAGAUGAGGGCUGGAAGAGACAUGGAGAAGCCUGUUACAAGAUUUACAGCGAUGAGGUCCCCUUUGGAAAGAACUGCAAUCUGACUAUCACCAGCAGUUUUGAGCAAGAAUUUCUAAAUGACAUGAUGAAGAAGUAUGAUAAAUCUCUAACAAAAUACUUCUGGACUGGCCUGACAGAUGUAGAUUCACAUGGAGAGUAUAGUUGGGCAACUGUUGGUGGAAUAAAGCAGGCUGUAACAUUUUCCAACUGGAAUUUUCUUGAGCCGGCUUCUCCAGGUGGGUGUGUAGCUAUGUCUACUGGGAAGUCUCUUGGAAAGUGGGAGGUGAAGGACUGCAGAAACUUCAGAGCACUUUCAAUUUGCAAGAAAAUGAGUGGACCUGUUGAACCUGAGCAAAUAGCUCCCAAGCCAAGCGACCCCUGUCCUGAUGGCUGGCAUAGUCUCACCUCCGGUCUUUCUUGCUAUAAGGUAUUCCAUAUAGAAAGAGUUGUGAGAAAGAGGAACUGGGAAGAAGCUGAAAGAUUCUGCCAGGCACUGGGAGCACACCUCGCUAGCUUCAGCCAUAUGGAUGAAAUAACUGAGUUUCUUCAGUUAUUAAUGGACCAGUUCAGUGAUCAUCGAUGGCUUUGGGUCGGUUUGAAUAAAAGAAGCCCAGAUUUAGAAGGAUCCUGGCAAUGGAGUGAUCGUACACCAGUGUCUACUGUUAUCAUGGAAUAUGAGUUUCAGCAAGAUUAUGACAUCAGAGACUGUGCUGCUGUCAAGGUCAAUCAAAGGCCCUGGCGAAGAAGGUGGUAUUUCUAUGAUGAGAGAGAAUUUGUGUAUUUCAGGCCUUUUGCUUGUGAUACAAAACUUGAAUGGGUGUGCCAGAUUCCAAAAGGUCAUACUCCAAAAACACCAGAAUGGUACAACCCAGAGCGUGCUGGAAUUCAUGGACUUCCACUUAUAGUUGAAGGAAGUGAAUAUUGGUUUGUUGCUGAGCCUCACUUAAACUUUGAAGAAGCUUUCCUGUACUGUGCUAGCAAUCACAGCAUUCUUGCCACUAUCACAUCGUUUACAGGACUGAGAGCCAUCAGGAACAGAAUAGCCAAUAUCUCUGGUGAUGAACAGAAGUGGUGGGUGAGAACAGAUGAACGGCUAAUAGAUCAUUCUUUUUCACUCUCAUAUCAUCGAUGGCACUACUUUCCUAUGUUUUGGGAGGAAUGCUUGUACAUGUCUGCCAAGACUUGGCUUAUGGACUUAAAUAAACCAGCAGACUGUAAUACCAAGUUGCCCUUCAUCUGUGAAAAAUAUAGUGUAUCUUCAUUAGAGACAUUCAGUCCAGAUCCUACAGCUAAAGUACAGUGCUCUGAGAAAUGGAUUCCUUUUGGGAAUAAGUGUUUUCUAAAGAUCACACCCCAGUUUCUUACAUUUUCUCAAGCCAAUGAUGUCUGUCAUUCCUAUGGUGGCACCCUUCCUUCAGUGUUGAGCCAGAGUGAACAAGAUUUUAUUACAUCCUUGCUUCCGGAUUUGAAAAGUACUUUAUGGAUUGGUUUGCGCUGGACUUCACAGGAAAGGAUAAACAAAUGGACGGAUAACAAAGAGCUGACAUACAGUAAUUUUCACCCAUUAUUGGUUGGUCGGAGGCUGCAGAUACCAGCAAAUAUUUUUGAGGAAGAUUCCCACUACCACUGUACUAUUAUGCUCAACCUCCAAAAGUCACCUUUUGUUGGAACGUGGAAUUUUACUUCCUGCAAUGACUUCCAUCCUGUCUCUCUCUGUCAGAAAUAUUCAGAAAUUAAAGGCAACCAGACCUUGCAGAAUACUUCAGAAACUAUAAAGUAUCAAAAUAACUUAUACAAGAUAAUCCUGAAGAGGCUGACUUGGGAACAGGCUCUGAUAGAGUGUCUGAAAUAUAACAUGCACCUGGUGAGCAUCACGGACCCUUAUCAACAGGCAUUCCUCACCGUGCAGGCAAUCCUUCAUAACUCCUCCUUGUGGAUUGGGCUCUCCAGUCAAGAUGAUGAACUCAACUUUGGUUGGUCAGAUGGAAAACAUCUGCAUUUUAGUCGCUGGGCUGAGAAUAACCACCAGCUUGAAGACUGUGUAAUGUUAGACAAGGAUGGAUUCUGGAAAACAGUUGAUUGUGAAGACAGCCAACCGGGUGCUAUUUGCUAUUAUCCAGGAAAUGAGACUAAAAAAGAGGUCAAACCAGUUAACAGUGUUAAAUGUCCAUCCCCUGCUCUAAAUACUCCAUGGAUACCCUUUCAGAACUGUUGUUAUAAUUUCAUGAUAACUAAGAAUCGACACAUGGCAAUAACACAGGAUGAAGUUCAUUCUAAAUGCCAACAACUGAAUCCAAAAUCACAAAUGCUAAGCAUUCGAGAUGAAAAGGAGAAUAACUUUGUUCUUGAGCAACUUCUACACUACAAUUAUAUGGCUUCAUGGGUCCUGCUAGGGAUAACAUAUGAAAAUAAUUCUCUUACGUGGUUUGAUAAGACUACGCUGUCAUAUACACACUGGAGAGCAGGAAGACCAGCUGUAAAAAAUGACAAGUUUUUGGCUGGCUUGAGUACUGAUGGCUUCUGGGAUAUUCAGACCUUUAACGUUGUUGAAGAAGCACUUUAUUUCUACCAGCACAGCAUUCUUGCUUGUAAAAUUGAAAUGGUGGAUUACAAAGAAGAAUAUAAUACCACACUGCCACAGUUCAUUCCAUAUAAAGAUGAUAUUUAUAACGUUAUUCAAAAAAAGGUAACAUGGUAUGAAGCAUUAAAUGCAUGUUCUCAAAGUGGAGGUCAAUUGGCAAGUGUCCAUGAUCAAAAUGGCCAGCUCUUCCUGGAAGAUAUUGUAAAACGUGAUGGAUUUCCACUGUGGGUUGGGCUCUCAAGUCAUGAUGGCAGUGAAUCAAGUUUUGAAUGGUCUGAUGGCAGUGCAUUUGACUACAUCCCAUGGAAAGGCCAAAAGGCACCUGGAGAUUGUGUUGUCUUGGAUCCAAAAGGAAUUUGGAAACAUGAAAAGUGCAGCUCUGUUAAGGAUGGUGCUAUUUGUUAUAAAUCUACAAAAUCUAAAGAGCUGUCCUCUUAUACAUACUCACCAAGAUGUCCAGUGGAAAAAGAGAAUGCAUCACAGUGGAUCCAAUACAAGGAUCACUGUUACACUUCUGACCAGGCACUGCACAGUUUCUCAGAGGCCAAGCAGUUGUGUUCAGAACUGGAUCAUUCUGCAACUAUUGUUACCAUAGAGGAUGAAGAGGAGAAUAAAUUUGUGAGCAGACUGAUGAGGGAAAAUAAUAAUAUUACCAUGAGAGUCUGGCUUGGAUUAUCCCAGAGUUCUGCUGAUCAAUCCUGGAAUUGGUUGGAUGGAUCAGAAGUGACGUUUGUCAAGUGGGAAAAUAAAAGCAAUAGUGAUGGUGGAAAAUGUAGCAUUUUGUUAGCUUCAAAUGAAACUUGGAAAAAAGUUGAAUGUUCUCCUGGCUAUGGAAGAGUGGUCUGCCGAGUUCCUCUGAACUGUCCUUCUUCCAUCUGGGUUCAGUUCCAAGACAACUGUUACAUCUUUCUUCAAGAAGCCAAUCAAGUAGAAAGCAUAGAGGAUGCCAGAAACCAGUGUACUCAUUAUGGAGCAGAUAUGAUAAGCAUACAUAAUGAAGAAGAAAAUGCUUUUAUACUAGAUACUUUGAAAAAGCAAUGGAAAGGCCCAGAUGAUAUCCUACUAGGCAUGUUUUAUGACACAGAUGAUGCGAGUUUCAAGUGGUUUGACAAUUCAGAUAUGACAUUUGAUAAAUGGGCAGCCCAAGAUGACGGCGAGGAUCUAGUUGACACCUGUGGUUUUCUGCAUACCAAGACAGGUGAAUGGAAAAAAGGAAAUUGUGAAGUUUCUUCUGUGGAAGGAACACUUUGUAAAGCAGCUGUACCAUAUGAAAAGAAGUAUUUAUCAGAUGACCACAUUUUAAUAUCAGCUUUGGUGAUUGCUAGCACAGUAAUUUUGACAGUUUUUGGAGCAAUCAUUUGGUUCCUGUACAAAAGAAGUUCUGAAUCUGGUUUCACCACAGUUUUUUCAACGGCACCCCAAUCACCUUAUGAUGACGAAUGUGUUUUAGUAGUUGCAGAAGAUGAGUGUGCUGUUCAGUUUCACUAACUUUUUGAUAAUCUCAGACUAAAACAACAAAUGCCUUGUAAGUGGUUCCUGUGCAACAUCUUUUAGUAUGAAACAAGGACAUAAAAAAUUAUAGGUUUAUGGUAUCCCUUAUUCCAAUAAUGGUAUUUUCAUGUACUCAUUGUUAAAAAUUAAUCUUUUGAUUCAUUAUAAAAACUGGUUUUAGAAAAGGAAUUAUCAGACCUAAUUUAGUGGUUAUAACCACUCUUCAAAUGCAGCACCUUUCAUGAGAAGGAAAGCUAAACAACAAAGUACGGUAGAUAAAACUCCAGCCUGCUUUACUUGCUCUAUUUUCCCUUCCAUGUAGUUUAAUUACUUAUUCCUCGUGAUAAGAAUAAGCCUAAUUUUUAAGUAAAUACUAUACAUUUAAAUAUCCUAGAUACUGGUUAUUUUGGCAGGUAACAAUUCCUCUCCUAUCUGUAUUUUCCUUUAAGAUUUAGAUAAAAAUUUCACAAAUUUUUAACAGCCUGUACUAUAUUAAUUUUACAGUCUCACUACUUUGGUACCCCAUUUUGAAUCACAUGUAGUAUUUGGUGCUGAUCAAAAGUGGUUACAUUUUUAAUAAAAAUUUAGGCUGGUACCGCAGCUCACAUGGCUGAUCCUCCGCCUGCAGUGCCAGCACCCCGGGGUUCUAGUCCUGGUUGGGGCACUGGAUUCUGUCCCGGUUACUCCUCUUCCAGUCCAGCUCUCUGCUGUGGCCCGCGAAGGCAGUGGAGGAUGGCCUAAAUGCUUGGGCCCUGCACCCGCAUGGGAGACCAGGAGAAGCACGUGGCUCCUGGCUUCGGAUCGGCACAGCACGCAGGUAGCGGCCAUUUGGGGGGUGAACCAACGGAAGGAAGACCUUUCUCUCUCUCUCUCUCACUGUCUAACUCUGCCUGUCAAAGAAAAUAAUAAUAAAAUAAAAUUUUCUAAAUUUUUUGAAAUAAAAAAUAAAGCUGUAUCUGGGAAGGCAGAAGGCUGGCCAGAAGGUUAAGAACUUGUUCUCUUAGCACCUUUUUCUGUACAACCUGUCUCAGGCUCCCAAAGCAUUUAUAAGUUUUAUACCUAAAGACAUGAGAUCUGUGUAAGCAAAGACUAAAGAAAACCAGUAGGUAUGACUACAAUAAUGAUGCUCUGAGUUUUCAGUGUGUUUAUACUGUAAGGCAAGGUGAAAAUAAUCAUUUAAGAAGCAGAGAAAAAGCAAGCUGAAACAAGUGAUUUUCUGUAGCAUCUUUCAUAGCUCAUUAACAGUAUUUUAAAAGAUAAAGUGCAUAAAUUACCAAAAAAUUAUUUAAUAUGCCUGAAUAUGUAAAUAAUCUGUAACUUGCACCUCAUCAAUUACAUUAUGAGGAAUUUUCUUACUGGGAAAUGGAACUCUAGUUUGACAAAUGGCAGCGGAAAUCAGUUUUUUGCCAUCUGUUUUCACUGAUAGGAAUCAAAAGCAUCUCUUCAAAAUUAAUGGCAUUAUUAAAGAAACAAUUAUAAAAUGGUGACAAAAAACUAAGCAGUAUGGCUAUGUUGUAUUAUAUACACACAUCAUACUUUCCAAGAGUUUUAAAUUUGAGAAUCUGUAUUUAACUGACACAUCUAUUUUACUGUUUAUGGACUAUAAUAAUGCCAACAGUGGACUUUAGCCUGAAAUUCCUAUUGCUCUUCCUACUCAGAUUCUACCACUACUUUAAUAACUUACCACUUCCCUAAAAACAGUUAUCUCAAAUAUCUAGAAUUACAAUAUCCAGUUAACUAUUAGCUACGUGAAGAUAUCCUAAGUUAAAUAUAGUUUAAAAUUCAGUUCCUCAGUUAAAUUAGUUACAUUUCAAGUACACAAAUCACAAGUGGUUAGUGGUUACCAUAUUGUACAGUGUACCAUACAUGCAUUACAGAAAUUACUGGAAAUUGCUGCUUUAGACUAUCCCCUUCCACGCAACUAAUUUUCUUCUAUGUCUUUUGACAAUCUCUUAGUUAAUGAUACCCCUCUCAGAAAAGGUGUUUUAAAGUUAUUUAACUUUAGGCUGGUGCCGUGGCUUAACAGGCUAAUCCUCCGCCUUGUUGCGCCAGCACACCGGGUUCUAGUCCCGGUCGGGGCGCUGGAUUCUAUCCCGGUUGCCCCUCUUCCAGGCCAGCUCUCUGCUAUGGCCCGGGAAGGCAGUGGAGGAUGGCCCAAGUGCUUGGGCCCUGCACCCGCAUGGGAGACCAGGAGAAGCACCUGGCUCCUGGCUUCGGAUCAGCGUGAUGUGCCAGUCGCAGUGGCCAUUGGAGGGUGAACCAACGGCAAAAAGGAAGACCUUUCUCUCUGUUUCUCUCUCUCACUAUCCACUCUACCUGUCCAAAAAAAAAAAAAAAAAAAAAAAAAGUUAUUUAACUUUAAAUAUUCUAUUUCAUCUUCAACAGGUUUAAAGGCCAUAGUCACCAAGUGCUAAAUCACAUUUACAUUUCAGAUUGUCUUAUUAUUAUAUUUAGAAUACAGAAAUUGCUUUCUUUAGCAUUUUCAUUCUAGGUAAUGAUGACAAUAUAAUUCUUAUGUUUGGCAGGUACCUUGGAAAAAACAUUUUAAGGUACAUUUUCUUAGGAAUUUGUAUGGCAUUUGAAAGUGAUAACCAAUGAAAGACAUUCCUCUUCUGUAGUGUCACAUUUAAAUGAAAUCACAAGCUAAUGACAAGUGGGUCUAUGAAACUACAAAAAAAUUACCUCUGUCACAUAGCAUUUAAUGACACAAGUAAAUAUAAAUAAAUCAUACACACAAGUUUCCUACAAUUUAGUCAACAUUUUAAGUUUAAUUUAAAUUUUUUGUUAGGCAGAAGACUUUUCAUAUUGAAUUCUAAGUAAUUCAGAGCAUCCCUUAGGAUCCACAGAAAUAUACUGAAAUUUUUUAUUUGUUUUAAGUCAGGCAAAGACAGUCAAGAGCUGAACAAAUGUUUUAGAAGUAUUUAUAUUCCUGUAUGAAACAAUUUGCAAUUUUAAUAAAAUUCUUGGCUAUGA